AAAUAAGAACUCAACGAGCUUGUGACCUGUGCCAAGGCAGCUGUGUAAGGGGAGCCGUGAAAGAAAACGAAAUUCAUGGAAGCAUGGUAUUUGCAAAUGAAUGUAAAUCAAAAGAAAAUUAAAAUAAUAUUUUUGCAGGUAAAUUCAGGAAGAGGCACUAACUGUGCCUUUUAGAUUGGUUAUCAGCUUUGGGACAGAUCACCUGAUCAGUUUUGCUUGAGAAGAUCUGCUCGAGCUAGGGUUCACCUUCAACAUUAUUAAGAAAAUAUCUUGCUGAUGACAGUAAGAUUGGUCUCUGCUUGCCCCAGCGCCUUUACUGCAGGUGCCAGGAUUUAGAGCUGUGUCUUGUUUGGGAUCUUUUUUCAAAUUGUUUGGAGUCCAUGGAAUAUACCCUUUAAUUUUUUUUCAGGGUUUUAUUAAAAAAAAAAAUAAUAAUAAAAAAAAUCUAAAAAAAAUCUGGAAUCAACUUUGAUAAAAUAGUGGAGGACUGGGCUGAAAAAGCCAAAGUCAACAAUGAGCAUCAACAAGGAAGAUGUGGAGAAGUUCCUUGAUGGAAACCUGUCUUUUGCCCGGCAGUACUUUGACAAAAAGCUGAGACCUGAGGCUAUUGCCAGUGUCCUAGGCAGGGCUGAGCCCCUGGUGGAUUUUACAUCUUUCAGGGAACUCAGUCAGGUGGAGGAGAGUGAGAUUCUGUUUGAGCUCAUUCGAGACAUGCAGGAAAGCAUCAAUAUGGAGAAAGUUGUCUUCAAGACGCUGAAGAGGAUCAGCUUCCUCAUCCAUGCAGACAGAUGCAGUCUCUUUAUGUACCGCCAAAGGAAUGGUGUAGCUGAGCUGGCCACCAGGCUCUUUAAUGUCCAUUAUAAUGCACAUAUGGAUGAUUGUCUGGUCCAGCCAGAUUCAGAAAUUGUCUUCCCUCUGGAUAUGGGCGUAGUAGGAAACGUUGCCCAAACCAAGAAAACCGUAAACAUCAAAGAUGUCAAAGAGUCCAGCCACUUCAGCUCUUUUGUGGAUACCCUCACAAGCUAUGAAACAAAAAGCAUACUGGCUACUCCCAUCAUGAACGGCAAAGACAUUGUGGCAGUGAUCAUGGCUGUGAACAAGAUAGAGGGUUCUGGCUUCUCUCAGGAGGAUGAAGAUCUUUUUCUGAAGUAUUUAAAUUUUGCCUCAUUAAACCUCAAAAUUUACCACCUGAGUUACCUGCACAAUUGUGAGACACGUAAAGGACAGGUUCUUUUGUGGUCUGCUAACAAGGUAUUUGAAGAGUUGACAGAUAUUGAGAGACAGUUUCACAAAGCCUUGUACACAGUGAGGGCAUACCUAAACUGUGACAGAUACUCAGUAGGGCUGCUGGACAUGACAAAGGAUAAGGAAUUCUUUGACCUGUGGCCUAUCCUAAUGGGUGAAGUUCCACCAUACUCUGGACCUCAGACACCAGAUGGGAGGGAAAUCAUCUUCUACAAAGUAAUUGACUAUAUUCUCCAUGGAAAAGAGGACAUUAAAGUUAUACCGAAUCCCACACCAGAUCACUGGGCACUCGCUAGUGGACUACCUACAUAUGUUGCAGAAAGUGGUUUUAUCUGUAACCUUAUGAACGCACCUUCAGAAGAUAUGUUUACAUUUCAGAGUGAACCAUUAGAUGACAGCGGUUGGACAAUCAAGAAUGUCCUGUCUUUGCCCAUCGUGAACAAGAAAGAAGAAAUUGUUGGUGUGGCCACUUUCUACAACAGAAAAGAUGGCAAGCCAUUUGAUGAACAGGAUGAAACACUCAUGGAGUCUCUUACUCAGUUCCUCGGCUGGUCAGUACUCAACACAGACACUUACGACAAGAUGAACAGACUGGAGAAUCGUAAAGACAUUGCUCAAGACAUGGUGCUCUACCACGUGAAAUGCCGCAAUGAUGAAAUCCAAAACAUUUUGAAAACAAGAGAGGUCUAUGGAAAAGAGCCUUCAGAAUGUGAGGAGGAUGAACUUGCCAGCAUCCUGAAAAAGGAACUUCCCGGACCUACCAAAUUUGAGAUUUAUGAGUUUCACUUCUCAGACUUUGACUGCACAGAACUGGACUUGGUCAAGUGUGGUAUCCAGAUGUACUACGAGGUCGGGGUGGUGAAAAAGUUCCAAAUUCCUCAAGAGGUGUUGGUGCGGUUUAUGUACUCAGUGAGUAAAGGUUACAGGAAGAUCACCUACCACAACUGGCGCCAUGGUUUCAAUGUUGGACAAACCAUGUUCACUUUACUAACGACUGGGAAGCUGAAGCGAUAUUACACAGAUUUGGAGGUUAUGGCUAUGAUUACAGCUGGUUUCUUGCAUGAUAUCGAUCACAGAGGAACUAACAACCUGUACCAGAUAAAAUCUCAAAACCCACUGGCAAAACUUCACGGGUCAUCAAUUCUAGAGAGGCACCAUUUGGAAUUUGGCAAAUUUUUGCUUUCGGAAGAGAGUUUAAACAUUUACCAAAACCUGAACAGGAGGCAGAUGGACCAUGUGAUUCAUCUCAUGGAUAUUGCCAUUAUUGCAACUGACUUGGCACUUUACUUCAAAAAAAGAACAAUGUUCCAGAAGAUUGUAGAUUUGUCCAAAACAUACGAAGAUGACAACAAAUGGGUCGAUUUCCUCUCAUUGGAGACCACCAGGAAAGAGAUUGUAAUGGCCAUGAUGAUGACAGCAUGUGACUUAUCUGCUAUUACAAAACCUUGGGAGGUCCAGAGUAAGGUCGCUCUUUCAGUAGCAGCAGAAUUCUGGGAGCAAGGUGACUUGGAAAGAACUGUUUUAGAUCAGCAGCCCAUUCCUAUGAUGGAUAGAAACAAGGCAGCGGAACUCCCGAAGCUACAGUGUGGUUUCAUCGACUUUGUCUGCACAUUUGUGUAUAAGGAGUUCUCCCGUUUCCACGAGGCAAUCCUGCCUAUGUAUGAUGGCCUGCUGAACAACAGAAAAGAGUGGAAGGCACAGGCUGACGUUUACGAUGAGAAAAUGAAGGCCGUUGAAGAGGAGAAGAAAAAGAAAGAAGAGGCAGAGGCUGCAAAAGCACAAGCUGCUGCAGGAGGUGGCGGAGGAGGAACACAGUCAAAGACCUGCUCAAUAUGCUAAACCUGGCUGCUCUCUGGGGUACACAGGCCCUGCCCAGCACAAUAAAGACCUAAACCCUCGAACUGACUGAACCAGGGAAACUUAUUCACUGCAAGCUGCAGGACCUGCUGCAGAACCCUGUGGGGGACCCGUUAGAAUUAUGGCAGCCAGGAUGGCACCUAAAGCAUCACACCAGACACCCUCCGUUUACAUUUUUAUCAGCACUUUAUUCCAUGUAAGGUGGAGGAGGAAGGUGGGUGCUAUGACAAGAGCUUUAGAAACGAAAGGAUUUAUUUAAUGUGUACUUUCCUUAGUGUUCAAUUUACUCAAAUGUUACAACCUACCUGUCAAGGGUGAGACCUCUCAGAAUGAAGCCUGGUUACUUGUGGUUACUAAUGUAGAUUGAAGUAGUUUCAAAGUGGUUAGUCUCUUGGCUAAAUCAAUAAGCAGGAAUUAUUGCGGUUUUAUCUUUUUAGACCUUUUUCUAAUGUUCCCCUUUUUGUUUUAAAUUAUUUAUCCCAAGUUUCCUUCUACAAAUGCUCCGGUUGCUCUUCUGCUGAUGCAGGCUACACAUCAUAACCAUACAGGGACUUGAUCAUCUCAGCAUUAUUAUCUCUUGCACAUUUUUUUUCAGUGUUUUCUUUCCUUACUUUUGGUCACUAUAAUUAAUAUAAAUUAAUUAUAUAUUUUUUGUCACAUUUUGUUAAAUCAUUGGUCAAGGUAAAAAGAUUUUAAAAAAAAAAUCCUAUGUUCUUACCUUGAAACAGUUUAUUAGAGCAAAAUCCAGAUUACAUUGUUAUAAAUAAAAAUGUAGUCCAGCUGAUGGUUUUUGCUUUAGUGCAGUAAUAAUUUAUUUAUUUAUUUUUCAUAUUUAGUUGACCCUGUACCAUAAACUAUACAUGUUAACUUAUAAAAAUCAUCCUUAGGUAAAAUAAGGUGUAGGUUGUAAGUAUUACCCUCACAAUGUACAGUCUUUUUCCGUAAGAAUUUUACUGGGGCAGCAGUGUGGAGUAGUGGUUAGGGCUCUGGGCUCUUGACCGGAGGGUUGUGGGUUCAAUCCCCAGUGGGGGACACUGCUGUUGUACCCUUGAGCAAGGUACUUUACCUAGAUGGCUCCAGUAAAAACCCAACUGUAUAAAUGGGUAAUUGUAUGUAAAAUAAUGUGAUAUCUGUAUAAUGUGAAAUAAUGUAUAAUGUGAUAUCUUGUAACAAUUGUAAGUCGCCCUGGAUAAGGGCGUCUGCUAAGAAAUAAAUAAUAAUAAUAAUAAUACUGUCACCCCUGGUAUGUGCCUGUAAUAUAAUUUGUCAUUGUUUUUCGUUCAAAAUAAGAUGUGGAAUAUGCAGGACUGAACGUUUUGUUUGGCUGAGAGGGAUGUGAUGAAUUAUUCAGUUAAACUGCGUCUUGUUCCAUUCUGAAAAGAAAGAAAGAAUUUAAACGUUUCAGGUAACAACUUACAACCAUGGACACCCUAUUUUAGCCAAUAAACUAACCUUGGUUAUAACACACCUUUUUGUUCACUUGCACUUCCCAUAGUAACAUUUUUCUAAGACUCCUUACUUGUUCUUUAUUUACAGUGUGUGGGUAGUACGUAAAUCACAUGUAAUUGUAUAAUGCUUUUCUUACAGCUUAAUGAGUUUCUACCCGUUUGCUUUUGUAUGAUUUACUUGUUUAACUAAACAGGUUGCCUUUCCUCCUGUUUGCUUCCAGUCUCAAUGUAUUUACACGAACCGGAGGACCUUUCCUCACAGGAGAAAAGUUAAAGUGCUCUAGGACACUAUAUGCUGAAACUGCAAUCAGACAUAAAGAUUGUGUACUCAGCAAUGUGACCCAUUAUCCAGUUAGUCCAGAUUCUUACUACCAACUGUUGAUAAAUGCAAAAUGACUUUAGGCCUGGCGUGAUUACUGUGGAAUGACCCAGUUGACAAUAUUAAUAUGCAAUCUAAAAUAUGCGGUACCCACCUUUUAUUACUUAACAGAAGCAUCAUUUGUUUGUCUUGUCAGUGCGUCUUUAUUUAGUCAAUAACGUGUCUAUAUAGCUACAUUUUUGUGGUUGCAAAACAUUGUAAAUUAUCUUUUGCUAAUAUCCUUUAGCCUACCAAAAUAUGUGUAUGUGUGUGUGGAGGCUUACGUGUGGGUUUACUGUUGUUCAUCAUGUAAAUACAGAUGAAGUACGCCAGGCUUUUUUUUGUUUGUUUGGAAGGUGCUCUGUGGAUUGAAAACCACCACUUUUCACUGAUACUAAAUGAAACAGGUUAAUUAACCCUUGACUGAAAAAAAAUAUAUUACUCUUGUAAGUUUAUUUGACUUUCAAUUUAAAAAAAAAACAAAAAACAUUUAGUUAGAUGGCGGCUUACCAUGGAGUCCAGUUUUCAUUUUUAAAUGUUUGAAUCAAAAGAUGCACACUGUACAUAAACCAAGUCUUUAAAAUGCAGUGUUUCUAGAUACCCGAUACUGCAACUUCAGUUUUCUUGUAUGGUACAAUGUGUCUGGCUAAUCAUCUGGGUUUGCAGAUCCUGGCAAGUAUCUCUAGCUAUUGAGGUAGACAUGUUUUCAAAGCUCUGAAACAAUGAUUUAAAAGAUGUUUAUUCGCUGCGGUUAAUCCAAAUUCUUGUAGUCAAGAUUUUUGAACAUCUGCAGUCUCCAUUUUAAGUGUCAUACACAAAGGUACUCAUCUCUGCACUUCAGUAUAACAAGCAUAUUAAGGAGUUCCAUAACUGACAUUGUAGUUUGGAAUUUGAUGUAAAAUAUGUAAUAGAAUGGUAUGAAGAGACUUCAUGUGGAACUUGCAGUGGAAUAUAUGAAUACCGAUCUACAGCAGGCUGAUAACAGUGACAUUGAAAACAUUCAAGGAAUGUGUACUAUAAACAAUAUAUCAGGCAUUCACACCAAAUAUUAGUAUUGGAAUGUAAGAUUUCUGUUUUAUUAACUGAGUCUGGUUACACCUAUUGAUUGGUCAAUACCUAGUCUCUCUCUAAAGCUGUACAUUGAAGCUAUUUUAGGUUUGUUACACAUCAAGAUCAGAACAGGCUGUUGCUAGAAGCUGCAUCUGAUACUUCGUAUUAUAAUUGUCUUUUUGGCUUGCGACGAAAACUGUAUUUGAAUAUAAUCUAUAAACCAAAGGCGUUGAGAACACACUGGGAUGUAAGGGUUGAAGAGAUGCUUUUUGAUUUUCUGAUCCGAAUAUGGGAAGAAAGGUACUUUAUUGGGGCAUUUGCCCUCCCUAUACGCCACGCCAUGACACCCCUGAUAACAACAGAUUUACUCACAAGGCCACUAUGAUUGUUAACUAGCAUAACUUUGGUAUAUCUUUGUCAUGUAAAAUGAACAUGUUACUGAAAAAAUAAAUAUGUAAAACUUUCAAAGCA